AACACUAGCAUCACAUUAUCUAGCAUUCUGCAAACUACACUCCUCUCAGCUUAUCAAAUGGCUUUUCUCCAAUGGCUGAAGGAAGACUAUAAACCAUUCUUGUUCUUUGUUUUCAUCUUCAUAGCUCUAUUGAUGAAAUCUCUCUCUAUAAACAAGUCAAGAAGCAGAAGAUCAAAUUUCCCUCCUGGUCCUCCUACCCUGCCCAUCAUUGGAAAUCUCCACCAGCUAGGAACCAUGCCCCACCUAUCUCUUCAAGGCCUUGCUGAGAAAUAUGGACCCAUAAUUUUCCUCCAACUUGGUGAAAUCCCAACAGUGGUUGUUUCAUCAGCUAGACUUGCAAAAGAGGUGUUGAAGACCCAUGACCUUGCACUUGCAAACCGUCCACAGCUAUUUUCAGCCAAGUACCUCUUUUACAACUGCACAGACAUUGUUUUCUCUCCUUAUGGUGGUUACUGGAGGCAUAUCAGAAAAAUUUGCAUCCUUGAGCUUCUCAAUGCUAAAAGGGUACAAUCAUACAGUUCUGUUAGAGAAGAAGAAGUUAGUCGUCUGGUUCAUCGGGUCGCAGGGUCUUAUCCCAGAACAAUCAAUUUGUCUAAGAUUUUGAAUCAGUAUGCAAAUAAUGUCCUUUGCAGGGUGGCAUUUGGAAGGGACUUUUCUGAAGGAGGAGACAAUCAACGAUUUGGGUUCCAAAAGAUGCUUGAUGAGUACCAGGAACUACUUGGUGGAUUCAGUUUGGGGGACUUCUUUCCUUCCUUGGAGUUCAUGCACAGCUUGACGGGCAUGAAAUCAAGACUUGAAGACACUUCUCUAAGAUUUGAUCAACUCAUUGAUAAGAUACUGAAUGAACACAUGGCUUCCAAUAAAAUAGAGGAACAUAAGGACCUUGUGGAUGUUUUGCUUGAGGUGCAGAAGAAUGACUCGGCUGAGAUGCCUCUCACCACUGACAACAUCAAGGCAAUCAUCUUGGACAUGUUUGCUGCAGGAACUGAUACAACCUUCAUUACCCUUGAUUGGGCAAUGACAGAGCUGCUAAUGAAUCCUCACAUUAUGGAAAAAGCUCAAAAGGAAGUGCGGAGCAUCCUGGGAGAAAGAAGAGUUGUUGCUGAGAGUGAUCUGCAUCAACUGCACUACACGAGUGCUGUUAUCAAAGAGACUUUUCGAUUGCAUCCCGCAGUUCCAGUUCUAGUCCCAAGGGAAUCCAUGGAAGAUGUUAUCAUAGACGGGUACAAAAUUCCAGCUAAAACAAGAAUUUUUGUGAACGCUUGGGCAGUAGGAAGGAACCUAGAAAGUUGGGAAGAUCCUAAUGCAUUCAAGCCAGAGAGGUUUCUAGAGAGCAAUGUUGACUUCAGGGGACAGGACUUUGAGCUGAUACCAUUUGGGGCUGGUAGAAGAGGUUGUCCGGCUAUUACAUUCAGUGUCGCGGUUGUGGAGCUGGCUCUAGCUCAACUCCUCUAUAGCUUCAAUUGGGAGCUUCCUCCUGGUGUUGCACCCAAAGACUUGGACCUCACUGAAGUUUUCGGCAUCUCGAUGCACAGGAGAGAAAAUCUCAAUGUUGUUGCUAAGCCUUACUUGCUAUGAAGACUCAUGAUACAUAAAACGUAAAAGGGCAUGUGAAUUGAACUGAGUCAGUUCCUAGUAGCUGGCUAGUAGUUAAUGUUAGACGGUAAGUUGGCUAUUGUGGGUGUAAAGUAAAAACAAGAAGGUACUCAAAUAGUUCCUAUGAAUUUAAUCUAAGAUUUUGGUUUGUAGGGGUUAUCUAAAUGACCCAUGGUAAUAUUUGGAUUAAAUAACCCAUGAUCUAGGUGGAUCAAUCACAUUUAAGAUAAUUAAUUGAAAUUUUUAUAUUUUAUUAAUCAAUUAAUUUAGGGUUAAAUAUGUUUUUGUCCUUAACUUAUACACAUAAAUAUAAAAUGAUACAUGAAAAAAAUAUAAAGAUUUUAGUCUUUGGAAAUUUUAUGUUUGAUGUAAAAUGGUUCCAUGUGAAUUUUUCCACUUCUAGUUCAGUCCCACAAAAAUUUAUUCCAACAAAUUAAGUCCUUCUCCCCUUUGACAAGAACGGUGACGGGUUCAUAACAAAGCAGGAACUGAGGGAGUCACUG